CCAAUACAGUGUCUUUGCCUGCUUUAUACUGUUACUUUUUUCCCACCACUCUGAUCUGAUCUGCAUCAUAGCUGCUUCAUAACGCAAAGUAGAGUUAAGACAGUAUUCCAUACGUACGUCUCACAGUAGAGCUUUUGCUUUAGCAUUGCCAUUAGUUAGCAUUAGUAGGUAUAAUCCUUCGCAUUAACCUUCGCUUUCCAGCUGGUAACUGUGUCCCAUCGCAUCGCAGCUGUCCCAUCGCAUCGCAUUGUGGGAGAGUGCUGUUUUUGUCUGAUUCCUCAACUUUACCCAAUUCCAUUGCAGCAGAGCCCGCCGAAAAGGUAAAUCCUUCCAACAAUCAACACUCUUUCUCAAGCAAAGCAUUACUUGCGCUGUCCACCCAUUUGGGGUAAACUCUGAGUUUGUUGAGGGGGUUUAUAACUGCCAUUAUAGAAGCAAAAACAAGGCCUUGAUAAGCUCCAUAGAUCCCACCUCAAUUGUUGUAGUUGCACAGUGACUGUGGAGUGUGGAUCACAAUUUUUAUCAUCGAUGGGGACAAAACAUUUCAAUGGUGGAUUGACAGCACAAUGCCUUCUUGGCCUUUGCCUCCUCCUCUCUCUUUCUCUUGUUUCUUGCUCAGGAACCUCGAUUGGAGUGUCAUAUGAUCCAAGAGACAUCCACCUGUUAUCUCCUAAGAAGUUGGUAAAACUACUCAAGGAACAUGACAUAUUUCAAGUUAGUCUUUUGGAUGCUAAUCCCAAUGUUUUGGGAAGUUUAUCCGGGACCGGGAUUCAGGUGACUGUGCGUAUGAGCUACAAGGAAAUAGAGGAUAUUGGAAAAUCAAAGUUCCAUGCAGCAUUGUGGCUGAAGAAAAAUGUCAUGAGAUUCAGACCCAAUACCCUUAUAACUGCUAUUGAAGUUAGUCAUGAAUCAAUGACAAAAGAGGCAAUAAAAUCACUGGUGUCAACCAUGAAAGCCAUUUACUCUGCUCUUUCUGACGCAAGUCUGGAUGAUCAUAUCAAGGUUACAGCAACCCUCUCAUCCACUCUGCUUCAAGAUGCAUUUUCAGGGCUUGUAUCCUCUUCCUCUAAUGAUUUGAAGCAGGUUCUUCAUCCACUUCUGGAUUUUCUCUCUGAAACCGGAUCCUUCCUAGUAGUGAACAUCAUUGACCUAAAUUCUGCCCACAGUGAAGAUCUCAGUAACUUGAUAGUAGCUGCUUCUACCAAUGUGACGGCUUUUCUCCAAUACUCAGAUAUUCGUAUAACUGUAGAUGUUCUUUGUUUGAGCUCUUUUAAAGCGGACAUGUAUUUAAUCACCAAGAAUAUUUGGGUUCAAGUUCCUAUUCAAGAUUUUAAUAGCGCAAGCACACUUGCAGCGCUUGUAAAAAUGAGCUCUUUGAACUGUUCUUCACAGAAAGAGUUAGGUAGACUAGAACAGUUUCCCUCAACAUCCAGAGAACUUUUGGACACAAAAUCCAACACUGUAAGGAAUGAUACAAGACAAUUAAAUUCUUCUUUGAUUGGGGAGACUACUCCAACUACGCCUAUCACUACACCCAUCACCACGCCCACAACUCCCAUAACCACACCCAUGACACCAGUAACAACUCCUGUUACAACACCAGUCACAACGCCCACCACUCCCACAACUCCUGUUACAACGCCAGUCACAACGCCAGUCACAACCCCCACCACUCCAACAACACCCACCACUCCAACAACACCCACAACUGGCUCAACAGGAACUUGGUGUAUAGCAAAGCCUGGUGUCACAGACACAAGCCUACAAGUUGCCCUGGAUUAUGCCUGCGGCCUUGGAGGCGCAGACUGUUCAACAAUACAACAAGGGGGUGCUUGCUAUAAUCCAGAUACUGUUGCAGGUCACGCCUCCUAUGCUUUUGAUAGCUACUACAAGAAGAAUGGCAUGACUCCUGCUAGUUGUGACUUUGGUGGCAAUGCAGAGGUGACUACUCAAGAUCCAAGUUCUGGGACGUGCACAUAUUCAGCAGGAGGCAGCGGUUCAUCUGUUCUUAACACAAGCAUUGGAAAUGGAGGCUUGGGGAACAUUGCACCAACUAAUAGCAGUGAUGCAGCAUCCAUCUUCUUCUGUUUACCAAUUUUCUUCACCUUGAUUUGCUUGCUACUGUCUAUUCUUAUAGGCCAGCGGCUCUAAAGAUUACAUAUUCAUCUCUUCAGGCUGAAUGAAGGAGAAGAAUCAAGGUAUCUUAGUGGCAUAGCUAGCAUAGAUAAUGCACAGGGAAACUUUGUUCAAAUUCUUAAAUAUUUCUCGCAGAACUUUUUUUGAUGUUGGGCGGCUCCAAUUCUUUGUAAGAGAUGUGACUGAGAAUAUUUGGCAGGCAAGCUAUGGCAUGGACCCAUUGGUUCAACAUUUUCCAGUGCAUUAUAAAGCCAAAGCUGUAUAAAAGCCCAUUUUCUAGAUCUCCACUUUCUGCAAUCCCAAACUUACAUACUUUACACUUCAGUUCUCGGGAAGCAAGGAUUAAAUUAAUCAAGUUGGGCAUCAUCAUCCGUCUGCACUUUUGCUGCCUCAGGAAUGCUUGAGGUAUGACAUUUGAAGCAGCAGCCUCUCACUUAAGUUGCAUCUUCCUGUGUGUUAGAUAAAUUGGUCUUAACCACAUCAAUAGGAGCAGCUAUAUAAAAAAUCGCCAAGGUCAGGAUUGUAUUUGUGUUGAAACUUGAGACCCAGUAAAUUUAUAUGUAUAGCACAUUUAAAAAUAGUUUUUGGUACUCGAGCAACGAAUGUGAAUUUGUUUGUUGUCAUAAUCCAGCAUGCACGUAAAGCUGGGCUGAUUUUCUGAAGCGUUGGAUAUGUUGUGUAGGAUCUAAUUGCAUUACUACUUCAAAAAUUUGUUAAA